GCAUCGAUAUCGGACUUAACUCAAGAUUUAUUUGAUCCAAAUAUGACUUCCUCCAGUCCAGACCAGCGCCUGGAUCACCUCCUGAGCGCCGUGGAAAGCGAAUUUCAGAAGGGCAGCGAAAAAGGCGACGCGUCCGAGCGGGAUAUUAAACUUUCCCUUGAGGAUGCGGAAUUAUGGACCAAAUUUAAAGAGCUCACCAAUGAAAUGAUUGUCACCAAGACUGGAAGACGAAUGUUUCCCGUGCUCAGAGCCAAUGUCUCCGGCCUUGACCCCAAUGCAAUGUACUCCGUACUGCUGGACUUCGUGGCGGCUGAUAAUAACCGGUGGAAAUACGUGAAUGGCGAAUGGGUGCCGGGCGGGAAACCCGAACCUCAGAGCCCGAGCUGCGUCUACAUUCAUCCAGACUCACCCAACUUUGGCGCGCACUGGAUGAAAGCGUCAGUUUCCUUCAGCAAAGUUAAACUCUCCAAUAAACUCAAUGGUGGAGGACAGAUAAUGUUGAACUCUUUGCACAAAUAUGAACCCAGGAUUCACAUAGUGAAGGUUGGAGGGAUUCAGAAAAUGAUCAGCAGUCAGUCUUUUCCUGAGACACAGUUUAUUGCUGUCACGGCUUAUCAGAAUGAAGAGAUCACAGCUCUGAAGAUCAAACACAAUCCAUUCGCUAAAGCUUUCCUUGAUGCCAAAGAGAGAAGUGACCACAAGGAAGUCCCAGACCACAAUGUUGACAAUCAGUCUGGAUACUCGCAACUUGGUGGCUGGUUCUUGCCCAGUAAUGGCCCUAUGGGCCCCAGCAGCAGCCCUCCUCAAUUCAGUGGUGCUCCUGGUCACUCCUCUGGGUCCUACUGUGAGCGAUAUUCUAGCUUGCGGAACCACAGAGCUGCUCCAUACCCCAGCCAUUACCCCCACCGCAGCACUACUACCAAUAACUACAUGGACAAUUCUUCAGGAAGUCUCAGCUCUCAUGAUAGCUGGUCAGCUCUGCAGAUACCCAAUUCGAGUGGGAUGGGCACCCUGGCCCACACCACCAACACUACCUCUAACACCAGCCAGUACCCGAGCUUGUGGUCUGUUGCGGGAACAACCCUCACCCCCUCUGGGUCAACGUCGGGGUCCAUCACAGGCGGGCUGACAUCUCAGUUUCUGCGCGGAUCUUCAGUGUCCUACUCUGGGCUGACUUCAUCUCUGCCUGUGUCCUCUCCCUCCUCUAUGUACGAUCCAGGCCUGAGCGAGGUUGGAGACGCCCAGUUCGAGAGCUCUAUCGCCAGGCUUACAGCCUCAUGGGCACCUGUCGCACAAAGUUACUGAGAUCCAUGCCAACCACAUUCCUGUUUUUUGAGCAUGUGUUGAAUCAAUGCUGUCUUCAAACUGAGGUUACUCUGUGCAAAGAUUCAAGAGACUG